UUCUCGCACCUCUUCCUUGUUGCCUCUGGACGCCCGCCGACUGGGCAGGCGACGCUGCGGAGAGCGGGGCGCCGGGAGACCAGCGCGCGGCCCAGUGCAGACCGCGGGCUCCUCUCGCCCUGCCCGGGGCGGGCCCAGGGGCCCGGGGCUCCCCGCCUCCGCCGCCGGCGGCUGGCUGCUUACGUCAGGGAGGCAAAACCCAUAAGAAAAACGAAAAAGGCACCAGGGCGGAAGGAGAAAAACUUUAUUUUUUUUUUCCCCUCGUUUUCUCCUCGGCGCUGGAGCGACGGGCGGGUGACUGCGCCAGCGCGGGCUUCCCGGAGCGAGCCCGCCGCAGCACCACUCGGCGGCGGCGCGGAGGAGCCCGGCCCCGGGCUGGCCCGACGGGACGCCCAGCAUGUGGGACCCGGAGGAGUUCGUGCGCCACUGGCAGGCCGAGUUUCCCGGGGAGCAAGCUCCAGUCAUGAGGCUGGAGUCGGUGCUGGACAUGGAGCGCGAGCUGGAGUGCUGCAAACUUAACCUGAAGCGACUGCAACAGGUGUUGGCCGAGGAGAAGUUCAAAGUCUUGUACCUGGAGACCGCUCUGGCCGGGGAGAAGCUGGACCAAGGCCGCGGGCGCGCGGAGGGCGGAGACAGCCGCAGCGGGGGACCCUCGGCGGAGGAGCCGGAGCCUGCAGACCAGGAGGAGGGCGCAGCGGGCGGCGGCGGAGACGCCCUGGACCCCGGGCGCCCGGACCAGGAGGAGGUGGCGGCGAAGGCCGAGCCAAACCCCUACUUGUGCCUGGACCUUCCCCCCGGGCCCCGAGUGGCGGAGGGAGGGGGCGCGGUGCUCAGCUUGACGGCCGCCAUCCACCGGCAGCUGCUGCAGCCUCGCCUCCUCUUCAGGCCCCGGGAGGGCUGCGCGCCCACUGGCCGCGAUGGCCCUGUUUCCCACGCGCCGGGAGAGGAGCGGUCCUUGGGGACCUGCUCGGGGCGGGGCUCGGAGGAGGGCGAGCCAGACGCCUGCGUUGCGGACGAUGGGGGCGACAGCAGUGACCACGACUUCGAGAUGGUGGAUUUGAACGAGAAAUUCGCCCUCGGCCACUUAGUGGUGGCCCCCUAUCGGUUCGGGACCCGCGAUGAGCCGGAGAAGCCGGCGCGGGCGUGCAGCCCCCACCGCUGGAUGCAUCUGAUACCCGGGUGCCGGCGGCACCGGCAUCAGGGCCGAGACCCGGAGCCAGUGGAGGCGGAGACCAAGGACAGUCGGGCCUCCCACCUGACUGAGGAUGAACCCCCCAGGCGCCGGGCCCGCGAGCACUUUCCCCAUUGGGGGCGCAAGAGGUUCCUGCGUGUGCCAGAGCGGGACUCGCCCAGUCACAGCUCUCCGGAGAGAGGCAGCGACUGCAGCCACAACAGCUCCGACCACGAGGACGGCUCCUCUGCAGACUUUAGCUACGCGGCCGACGACUACGACGCAGAGGGGCAUGAGGAGCAGAAAGGGCCCCCCGAGGGCUCAGAGACCAUGCCAUACAUCGACGAGUCACCCACCAUGUCACCCCAGCUCAGCGCCCGCAGCCAGGGUGGUGGGGACAGCAUCUCCCCCACCCCGCCCGAGGGGCUGGCACAUGGGGUGGAGGCAGGGAAAGGUCUGGAGAUGAGGAAGCUGGUCCUCUCAGGCUUCCUGGCCAGCGAAGAGAUUUAUAUCAACCAGCUGGAAGCCCUAUUGCUGCCCAUGAAACCCCUAAAGGCCACGGCCACCACCUCCCAGCCUGUGCUCACCAUCCAGCAGAUUGAGACCAUCUUCUACAAGAUCCAGGACAUCUACGAGAUCCACAAGGAGUUCUAUGACAACCUCUGCCCCAAGGUGCAGCAGUGGGACAGCCAAGUCACCAUGGGCCACCUCUUCCAGAAGCUGGCCAGCCAGCUUGGUGUGUACAAAGCAUUCGUGGAUAACUAUAAAGUCGCUCUGGAGACAGCUGAGAAAUGCAGCCAGUCCAACAACCAAUUCCAGAAGAUCUCAGAGGAACUCAAAGUGAAGGGGCCCAAGGACUCCAAGGACAGCCACACGUCAGUCACCAUGGAAGCUCUGCUCUACAAGCCCAUAGACCGGGUCACUCGGAGCACUCUGGUUCUACAUGACCUGCUGAAGCACACCCCUGUGGACCACCCAGACUACCCCUUGCUACAGGAUGCCCUGCGCAUCUCCCAGAACUUCCUGUCCAGCAUCAAUGAGGACAUUGACCCUCGUCGGACAGCAGUCACAACCCCCAAGGGGGAGACACGGCAGCUGGUGAAGGACGGCUUCCUGGUGGAAAUGUCAGAGAGCUCCCGGAAGCUGCGGCAUGUCUUCCUCUUCACAGAUGUCCUGCUGUGCGCCAAGCUGAAGAAGGCCUCUGCAGGGAAGCACCAGCAGUAUGACUGUAAGUGGUACAUCCCCCUGGCCGACUUAGUGUUUCCAUCCCCUGAGGAGUCCGAGGCCAGCCCCCAGGUGCACCUCUUCCCAGACCACGAGCUGGAGGACAUGAAAAUGAAGAUCUCUGCCCUCAAGAGUGAAAUCCAGAAGGAGAAAGCCAACAAAGGGCAGAGCCGGGCCAUUGAGCGCCUCAAGAAGAAGAUGUUUGAGAAUGAGUUCUUGCUGCUGCUCAAUUCCCCUACAAUCCCAUUUCGGAUCCACAAUCGGAAUGGAAAGAGCUACCUGUUCUUACUGUCCUCGGACUAUGAGAGGUCAGAGUGGAGAGAAGCAAUUCAGAAACUACAGAAGAAGGAUCUCCAGGCUUUUGUCCUGAGCUCCGUGGAGCUCCAGGUGCUCACAGGAUCCUGUUUCAAGCUUAGGACUGUACACAACAUUCCUGUCACCAGCAAUAAAGAUGACGACGAGUCUCCAGGACUCUAUGGCUUCCUCCAUGUCAUUGUCCACUCUGCAAAGGGGUUUAAACAAUCAGCCAACCUGUACUGUACCCUGGAGGUGGAUUCUUUUGGCUAUUUUGUCAGCAAAGCUAAAACCAGGGUGUUUCGGGAUACAACAGAGCCCAAGUGGGAUGAGGAAUUUGAGAUUGAGCUGGAGGGCUCUCAGUCCCUGAGGAUCCUGUGCUAUGAGAAGUGCUAUGACAAGACCAAGGUCAACAAGGACAAUAACGAGAUCGUGGACAAGAUCAUGGGCAAAGGACAGAUCCAGUUGGAUCCACAGACUGUAGAAACCAAGAACUGGCACACAGAUGUGAUCGAGAUGAAUGGGAUCAAAGUGGAAUUCUCCAUGAAAUUCACCAGCCGGGAUAUGAGCCUAAAGAGGACUCCAUCCAAAAAGCAGACUGGCGUCUUUGGGGUGAAGAUCAGCGUGGUGACUAAGCGGGAGCGCUCCAAGGUGCCCUACAUCGUGCGGCAGUGUGUGGAGGAGGUGGAGAAGAGAGGCAUCGAGGAGGUCGGCAUCUACCGGAUAUCGGGAGUGGCCACAGACAUCCAGGCGUUGAAGGCCGUCUUCGAUGCCAAUAACAAGGACAUCCUGCUAAUGCUGAGCGACAUGGACAUCAACGCCAUCGCCGGCACCCUCAAGCUGUACUUCCGGGAACUGCCAGAGCCCCUCCUCACAGACCGGCUUUACCCGGCCUUCAUGGAGGGCAUCGCCCUGUCAGACCCUGCUGCCAAGGAAAACUGCAUGAUGCACCUGCUCCGCUCCCUGCCCGACCCCAACCUCAUCACCUUCCUCUUCCUGCUGGAACACUUGAAAAGGGUUGCUGAGAAGGAACCCAUCAACAAAAUGUCACUUCACAACCUGGCCACUGUGUUUGGCCCCACGUUACUGAGACCCUCGGAAGUGGAGAGCAAAGCACAUCUCACGUCAGCUGCAGACAUCUGGUCCCACGAUGUCAUGGCACAGGUCCAGGUCCUCCUCUACUACCUGCAGCACCCCCCCAUCUCCUUCGCAGAACUGAAGCGGAACACACUGUAUUUCUCCACCGACGUGUAGCCCUAGGCCUGGGGCGGCUGUGGGGGGUGGUCAGAGCCAGCCCCUCCAGCCAGGCCCAAAACAGACUUGAAAGACUGCAACAGAAAUUCCCCAGCCCAGCACUCCAGACUCCAAGGGAAGCCAACUUCCAAAAACUGGAAUCUGUGCAUCUUUUGUGCCACCUUGUACAAAGCCAGCUGACCAGCCCCCAGCCUCGCCACCACACCCUGGCUCCUGCCCUCUGUUCCUCUAGUUGUGUCUGAUGCUCCGUGCUAUUCGGGAAUUGUUUUAUGUAUGUUUGUCAUGCAGAAAAGGUAGUGACCAACCUGGUGUGGGCACACAGACGGCCUGCUUUGUUCUUUCAUUUCCCCCAAAGCUUUCUUUCUUCCUGAGUCCAGUCCAAGGGCUUUUAUUUGGCGCUAUGUAACUGCUGCCGACUUUUCCCCCCUUGGCCCAGAUUGCAGCCUCCCCUCAGUGUCCUCCACCCUUUCCUGCCUCCCAGCCUGCCACAUGCAUGUGCAGCCGCGGCUUUCGCUCCAUCACCUAGGAAGUUCUGCAGAGGCCCAGGUGGCAGCGGCGGUGGUGGCCUCGCCCCGCCCUGUCCCUGUGGAAGCACACCUGCUUUGCCUUGCUGCUUGUGCAAACGUUGGACCAGGAGACAGACUCACACUAAUCCUCAGCUUAGCACAGAGCUGGAGAGCUGAUUUCUGGAAUUUUCCACUUGAGAAUCUCCAUUUCUGGGGUUUGUCUGUUCUGUCUCCUGCCUACCAGUGAGGCAUUUUUGACUGUUUCUUCUACUGCUGAGUUUUCAGUUCCUUUCCCCCGGGUGUUCUGUUUCCUUUGAGUGUGAAGACCCACAAGUGACCUGCUAUCAAGAGAGCCAGAGGGUCAGAAAGGCAUCUGGGGAAGGGGGCGGUCAGCCGUAGCACGCGGCGGGGCGGCCUGAGUCAUGGGGGAGCAGCUCUCAGCAGGAGUUGCAGGGGCUUUCCUCGUGCAGCCGGGCUUCCUGGAGGGUGACUACUGUGGCUAAAGUAGGUGUCAGAAGCAAGCAGGCUCUGCCCUGGAGGCUGCCUGGCACCUCACAUACCUCGUGGUACUUUGCCUUAGAUUUUUCACUCUCUCCACAGCCAAGCACUGCCGCGGGGCAGCCCCCACUGCCACGUGUGCUCCAGGGCCCGGGAAAGGAAGGCAUAGUCUACCAACUGACGUGGCGCUGCCCCCGACCCACGCGCCGCCUCAUGGGUGAACUCAAAAGUGCCCAAGUUGAGGGAAGAUGAGGAAUCGCAGGCACCCACCGGCCUCUUUUGGGGCUGGCUUUUGCUGGGCCUUUAUUGUUGACACUGCUGCAGGCAGGGGAUCAGCGGGUGCCAAUCCCAGCCCUGAGACCCACUGUUCAGUACUGGAAAGGAGCAAGAUUGAUUCCCAAAGCACCAUUUCCCUUCUGAGCAGCAGUUGUCCGACCAUGGCUAUGAGCUUGAGAGGACAGACAUACCCAGGGACGAGAGCCAUAGCACAGUGCCCUGGCUCUUCUGUGUGACAGAGUGUGUCAAUUCCAGGGCCUCAGGACGGGGAGAACAGCUCCCACUGCUUGUGCUCAGGGCGUAAGUCUAAAGAAGGACUUGCUGGCCCUAAAGCUGUGAUGUUUGCUUGGCAAGAGGCCUUCUGAUCCUUUUUAUACCUGUUGCCUUCAGCAGAAAUGGUAUACUCUAUAUGCUGGAGCAAAGUAAUGCUUGAGAUAAAGAAAUGCUCACCACCCAGCUCCCCGGUAGCAGCUGAGGACGGAGCCCCAUUUCCUGGUGAAGAAUGCCGUGGAGUGUUAAGAUCCCAGCGUCUGACCAUUCCUAAAGUCUCUGCUUGACACCCAGGUGUUGAUGAUGGCACAGAAGGUUCUUUCUUCCAAAGGAUUGAGUAGCAAAUUAGAGGCCCAACUACAAUGAAAUAUAGCUCCAAAUGGGUGCCUCCUGCCUCCCCAAAUGAGGAGUGUUUGCUUCUGAGCAUUAGGUAGCUAUUGCAGCCCCGCGCUUGCUUAUGCAAUAUAAGAGGAAGGCUGGAAGGGCUGAGAGAUGCAGAAGGCUCAUAUUUAUAAAUUCCACCCCAAGUGGGAGGGUUGGGUGCCAGACCUGGACUAAGCUGCACCAAGGAAAUACCUGGUGGGUUCUCCUGAAAGACAGGGACUGUACAGCUCAGAUCCCCCAUCACUGUGCCCAGCAGGGCAGCCUGUGCCAAGCAGAUGCCAGGAGACAGGCUACAGGAACCCCAGGCAUGCCUGUCCUUGCUAGGCAAUGGCUGAGGGCUGCCAGUUUUUGCCGAUAGAGGUAGGAUGGGACCCUUCAUUAAUAUUUGACUUUAAUAAGUUGGUAAGGAUAUAUUUUUUUUGUCUCUGUUCUGUUUCAACUUAUGUAGAUUAUUAUAAAUUGGUGUAAACCAUGUGAGAGGAAAAUGUUAAUAAAAAAAAUGCAAAGCCCCAACAUUUGCACAAAA